AUGAUGCUAGCGGCGGCAGCAGCAACGGCUGCAUCGGCAGCGACAUCCAACAGUUGCAGCAGUAUAAGCAAUGAGCCCAGUUAUAGUAUUAGCAAAAUCGGAACCACACCUAUCAACCAUACCAACGGUCAUGCCACCGCUGACGUGGCAACGCUGAACGCAAACGCACCCGUUUCGGUUGCAACUUCAUCGCCACCAGCGUCCACCUCAUCGUCCUGCUCGCUGGUAGGCAAUGCCAACGCGCAAAUUGUAUCACCAUCGGGUGCGAUCAUUUUUGACGAGAUGCAGCUGGUACCGCCGAACCAGGAUGUGGUUCUACCGCCCGGUAAACCUAGCUCCAACCUCAUUGUGAGCGGUGCGGUAACGGGCGUUACGCUCCGUUCCGUACCAACAACGGCUAACGCGACGGAACCCGUUAACCCACUGCUGGUAGCUGCCUCGAUGGGUCCGAAAACAUCAACGACAGCUUCCACUACUACUGCUGCGGUAAGCAUAAUUCCACCCGUAGCUGUGCAACAAACAACUAAGCAACAGCAACAACAGCAAAUACGUCAUGUAAAGCUAAAUAUUACCCAACCACCUUUAAGCGGUGCUGUAACAAGUGGGAAAUUAGUAUCCACAACUGAUGCUGGGACAGGUUCACGUAAAGCUACUGGUGGUAGCACUGUUUCUACAGGCGUAAAUCGUACGAUAUUGACGGCUGGCAGUAAGAUUGAUGGUGGUUCUCAAAACGACACACCACCGCAACGGAUUGCUGCUGUUCACAAUCUAGCGCAAGUUGAUGUACCGACACAUAUGCAAGCUUCAAACGUAGUAGUAGGACCUGUUAUCGUCAAUGGAGCAAACAGUACGAUGGUGGGAAAUGUUGCAGCAAGCAAGGUACCCGGUGGCGAAGAAUCAAAUGUUGUGUACUAUCCUACAGCACAGCAACAUCGUUUAUCGAAACAACCAGCAGAACAACAACAACAACAACAACAACAGCGCCAUCAACCACAGGAACCGCAACGCGUGAUGAAGCAACUCGCAGAACAUUGUUCAGAAAAGUCAACUAUGGAACGAACCAAACAGCAGCAACAGCAACAAAAGCAACAACAGAAACAAGUCCCGUCGAAGCAACAUCUCUAUCAUCACAGCGCUGUGGGGCAUAACCAACAACAUCAGCAACAAUCGGCAGUGGCUGCAGCAGCAGCAACAGUGGCAAUGCUAGCACAGCAACAACAGCAUCAACACCAGCAACAUUAUCCACCAACACCAACGGUUGCUGUCUCCUCGCAGGCACUUAGUCAACUGUCGACCGCACCAGCAACAAUACCUGUAGCCGGUCUCGGUGCAAACCACACACAUGCUCAUCACCACUCACACACCCAUCUGUUUACGCAUGCACAGCAACAACAGCAGCAGCAGCAACAGCAACAACAUUCCGUCGUCCCGCUACCGCCCGGUAACGGUUACGGUUUAACCACUGGCCCGAUGCAACAGCACCGACAGCAGCAAUUUUUGCAGCAACGUCAACAACAACAAUCGGCGGGUCCACCACAGGGUGCGGCACAGUUACCACUGCCCAUGCCCACACCGGCCGGUACCGGCACAAUGCAGCCGGGGAUGAUGCCUACCCUGCAUCAUCCUGCCCAGCAGCAGCAACCACCGCAGCCUCCUCCGCCCCCACCACCACAGCAUCAUUUGCCGCAUCUUCACCAUAUGCAUAAGCAGCUGCCACCAUGUCCACCGCAUCCGCUCACGCAAAUGACGACGCAACCGCAACACAACCCACAGCAACAUCAGCAGCAGCAGCAACUUUUCCACAUCAACCUGAACGUCAACCAUCACGUCAUUUCCACACCGAUCGUGGUCGAUUUCUCGAACAUGACGGUAAACUGUGUGCAGUUGCAGGAGGCACAGCAUCCGAACCCGAUCGCUGCGGCCGCCGCCGCCAUGGCCGCUGGGUACGGGGCGGCUGCAGCUGCUGCUGCCUCCGUACCGGCAGCAAUCAGUGCCCGACCCGGUGCCAAGUGA